AUGGAUGACAGGGUCCUCAUGGAGAUGAAGGCACAGGCCACUGGGGAAGUUGAGGAAAAGGGCGGACAGGGAACAGAUGUGAGACCCAGUCCUAGACCCAGACCCAGACCUAGACCCAGUCCUAGACCCAGAAUUAGACCCAGGCCCAGACCCAGGCCCAGACUCAGAGACCCAGACCCAGAGCUAGACCCCAGACCUAGACCCAGUCCCAUACCCAGACCCAGUCCCAGACCCAAACCCACACCCAGACCCCAGACCAAAACCCAGACCUACAUGCAGACCCAGAACCCACCAGACUCAGACCCCAGACCCCAGACCCAACCGCAGCCCCAGCCCCAGCCCAUCCGAGAACCAGACCCAGUCCCAGACCCAAACCCAGACCCAGUCCCAGACCCAGACCCAGACCCAGUCCUAGACCAAGAACUACACCCAGACCCAGACCCAUUCCCAGACUCAGACCUAGUCCUCAGACUCAGACCCAGACCCAGAUCCCAGACCCCAGAUCCAGGCCCAGACCCAGUCCCAGUCCCAGACCCAGAUCCCAGACCCAGACCCAGACCCAUUCCCAGACCCAGUGUCCCAGACCCAGAGCCAGAGCCAGAGACAACCCAGUCCCAGACCCCAGACCCAGACCUAGAACCAGUCCCAGAUCCUAGACCCCAGACCCAGUCCCAGAUCCAGUCCCAGACCCAGACCCAAACCUACACCCAGACCCCAGACCAAAACUAUCCAGGCCCAGACCCAUUCCCAGAUCCAUUCCCAGACCCAGAGCCAGAGCCAGACUCAGACCCAACCCCAGACCCAGACCCUGAUCCAGACCCAGUCCCAGACCCAGAACCAGUCCCACACUCAGACUCAGACCCAGACCCCAGGUCCCAGAGCCCAGACCCAGAUCCAGUCCCAGCCCCAGCCCCAGACCCCAGACCCCAGACCCAGAUCCAGUCCCAUUCCCACACCCAGACCCACACCCAGAAACCCGACCCCGACCCAGACCCAGUCCCAGACCCAGACCCACAACCCAGACCCAGACCCUGA